UUUUCCCCUCCUUCCCAUUUCAAAAUCAGACACAAGUACUGAUUUAUUUUUUGGUGGAGCAAAAACUGCGUGUGUCAAUGGCUCAGUUACUCCCUCCCGUUUGUAUAGAUUCUUUCAAACUCCACAACCCCUUAUUCAAUUUGUGUAAGAGAAGGUCAUGGCAUAUCCCGGAGAGGAGCCGCCUUUCUUGGGGUGGCAGGAGAAGAGGCUUUGCCAGAGUCAGCGUUGCGGCAGGGGAAUCUGCUUCCACCGAUUCCGUUGCUGAUGAUUACUACGCCGUUCUGGGUCUGCUUCCGGAUGCCACCCCUGCCCAGAUAAAGAAAGCCUAUUAUAAUUGUAUGAAAGCUUGUCAUCCAGACUUGAGUGGUGAUGAUCCAGAGACUAACAAUUUCUGCAUGUUCAUCAAUGAGGUCUAUGAGGUUCUUAGUGACCCGGUGCAACGCAUGGUUUAUGAUGAAAUUCAUGGUUAUGCAUUGAUAGCAAUCAAUCCUUUCCUUGAUGAUUCCAGCCCUAAGGAUCAUGUAUUUGUUGAUGAGUUUAGCUGCAUAGGCUGUAAAAAUUGUGCAAAUGUAGCGCAGGAUGUGUUUAAAAUUGAGGAAGAGUUUGGACGAGCCAGAGUAUACAGCCAGUGUGGGAAUCCUAAUUUAGUUCAGCAAGCAAUUGAUACUUGCCCAGUCGAUUGCAUCCAUUGGACUUCUGCAGCACAACUAUCAUUGCUAGAAGAUGAAAUGCGCAGGGUAGAAAGAGUGAAUGUUGCACUAAUGCUUUCAGGAAUGGGAUCUGCAUCAUCAGAUGUAUUUAGAAUGGCAAGUUCUCGAUGGGAAAAGAGGCAGGCUAAAGUUUUGCAACAAGCUAAAUUUAGGAAAAAGAAGCAGAAAGAUACUGAAAAAACUGACUCAUAUUGGAGCAAGCUUUGGGGCAAGCCAAAAGACUACCAAAAAUCUGAGGAGGAAGUGAAAGAGAGAGCAAAAAGGGCUGCCGCAGCUUCCCGGAGAUGGAGAGAAUAUUCCAGGCGUGGUGCAGAUAAGCCUCCAACAGUCAAACUUCCUGAGGCCGUUCCCAACGAAGAGAACUAAUCAGUAAUUUACCAUACGCAUUAUAUUACAUUACCUUAAACAUUUAGUUUAUCGAAUGGUUUCUGAUGAACUCUGAUAAUGUCUUCCCUAUAGUUUUUGUAGAGCUCAUGUAUAUCUUUCAACUCUGUAAAUGACAUUAUUCUACCUGUAAUUAACUAAUAAAUGGGGAAAAAAUGUAGUCAUUGAACCAGACUAAAGGCUUGCUCCUUCAGUUCUAACCUUAUGGAGCUGUUAGGUUCCGAGAAUGUUCAUUUUAUAAACCAUGCAAUACGCA